CAAAACAAAGUUAGCAAAUUCACUGUUGAAAGAGUCGCAAUUUCAAUCCCUCUCUCUCUCGCGAAAAAAGCUUUCAUCAAAAGCAUAGUGGCAGAGAGAUGUUUGGUAGGGUGAGACCGGCGCCGAUCAGCUCCUUGGAACCCCUCGAAUCCCAAAGAUCCUCUAUCAAAAUCAUCAAGCACGAUUCUCUCUCCAUCUACGAAUCAACUCUUCUCAAACUUAAACAAGGCUCUCGUUGCAAUCCAAUUUGCGACCCUGAGGAUAAUUCAAGGAACGAUGCAGUUUGUAUCAUGGCCAUCGAUUCACCGGAGGAGGCUGUGAGUGCUGGUGCUGGUUGUUCCUCAACAGAAUCUCUUCCAAUGUCUAGUUCUAGUGAUCAAUCUACAGCCUUCUCAAAUGAGGCAGCUAAAACAAAUAUGUCUAUUCUUCAUUUCUUCUCAAACACAAGGGUACAACACAUACUCGAAGUCCAAGUGAUACAGAGUUGAUGGAUACAGAAAGUGGUUAUUCAUCUUCUUCUAGUGUUUCACCUUCAUCUAGCGAUUCACAGGCAGCCAUCCGCUGAAGAUAUAACUGGGAGAAGGGAAAUAUUGACUCCUUGAGCUCCUGAUUUUGGUUGAGCGUUGAAAUCAGAUUAUUGUAAAAGGGCUGUGGUUAUUGUUUCUUGAUAUAAUUCAAUUUGUAAUGCAUCUUCAUCAUGGAUUCUGGAGUCUUCUCUUCCUGUAUCAGAAUCAACUAAAGGAAACUUGCUAUUGGACAAUGGAUAAUUUGUAGGAAAUACAUAUACAUUAAUAUUUCUCAUGAAU